UCUUAGCUUAUCCUCCUCCUUUGCUUUCCCUUUCCUCUCUCUCACUCUGUUUCUCUCUCCUGUCUCUCUCUCUUAAUCAAUUGGACAACUCUUCUGUCUCAUCUUGAUCCAUUUCUUCCUCCUUUUUAGUGUCAUUUGCUUCUGCAGCUUCCUUUUCUCCAUCCCCAGAAGAAGAAAAAAAGGAAAAAAGAAGAUAGAACAUCACCAAGGAGGAGGAGCAUGGAUGAAACCCUUUCUCCAGAACCAGACUCAGAUGUUUCAAGAAAUCUCAGGCCAGAAACUCAGCCAUCCAAAAGAAGGAAGGUGGCUCAUGAGAAGACUGUUGUGACAGUGAAGAUAGGAGCUAAUGUUGGGAAGCUAAAGAAUGAAGGGCCGCCUUCCGAUCUUUGGUCAUGGAGGAAAUAUGGCCAAAAACCCAUCAAGGGAUCUCCUUAUCCAAGGGGGUACUACCGUUGCAGUACAUCGAAGGGUUGCUCGGCGAAAAAACAAGUGGAAAGAAGCAAAACCGAUGCUUCAGUUCUCAUAAUUACCUACACUUCCAGCCACAAUCAUCCAGGUCCUCCUGAUGUGAAUGUGAUCUCUACUACCCAACAAGAACAAGAAGAUGAACAGACCCAACAAGAACAAGAAGAUGAUCAGAAGCAAGAGCAAGAACAAGAAGAUGAUCAAGAACAAGAACAAGAUCAAAAGCAAGAUCAGGAUAAAAAACAAGAUCACGAACAAGAACAUGGGAAAUUGGAAGAACGCUUCCACUACAUCGAAUCCCCAAUCAGAUCUUCCCAAGAAGAACACAUUUUUACGGCUCACGACACGAGUUUUGGGUUCUUAUUGGAUGAAGAGCAAGAGCCACUGUCACUGUCAUAUUCUCAGCUGAUGAGCUUCUCAACACCCAAAUUAUCAGAAGAAAACAAUGACUUUUUUGAUGAGCUUGAAGAACUACCAACAUUUUCAUCCUUCCCAAGCUUCAUGGGGAGGACUAACAAUCUUUCCUUUGGAAUUGAAAGGAUUCCCUCUGUCCCUUCUUGAUCCAUGUGAAAAUUAAAACGUUUGUUUUUUAGUGUUUUUAGAACUAUGUACCUAAAAUAUAUGUAUUGUCAAUAAUAUAUGUCAUCUUCUUGUU